AUUGCAAGUCUGGCUAAUCGGUGGUGGGCCGGGACGGUGGGCUUGCCGGGGAUCGACCUGCCGGCGAGUUGCUCACCUGCACUUACCAAACAGGUUGUUUCAGUUAGCGAAUUGGAAAGCAAUGGAAAAAGCAGUAAUAAUGGAGAUAUUAAUGAAGAUGGAGAUGAGGCUAAAGAGGGAGCAGUUGAAGUUGGGACGACGAAGCGGCCGAGAGGGCGGCCGGCGGGGUCCAAGAACAAGCCGAAACCGCCGGUGUUGGUGGCCCGCGACAGCCCCAACGCCAUCCGGAGCCACGUCAUGGAGGUGGCCGCCGGCGGCGACGUGGCGGAGAGCAUAGCUCAGUUUGCAAGGCGACACCAGAGAGGUGUUUGCGUGCUGAGCGCUAACGGCUCCGUCGCCAAUGUAACCCUAAGACAGCCGGUUCGAGCUUUGGUGCUUCAGGGCCGGUUCGAGCUUUUGUCCUUGACCGGAGCAUUCUUGCCCGGUCCGGCUCCCCAGGCGGCCAACGGGCUCACCGUCUACCUCGCCGGCGCCCAGGGACAGGUGUUGGGCGGAAGCGUGGUGGGACCCUUGGUGGCUGUGGGGCCAGUUAUGGUCAUAGCUGCCAGCUUCACUAACGCAACUUACGAAAGAUUGCCAGUACCGGAGGAAGAAGAUGAUCACGGCGGCGGAAGAACGGCGGCGCAAAUUCUCGGCGGCGGCUCGCCGCCUCCCCCGGCGGCACAGAUGCCAAUAAUCCCUUCAUCAAUGUCGCCUCUUUACAAUCUAACACCAAAUAAUGGAGCACAUUUGAGUGGCGAUGCAUAUGUUUGGGGGAAUCCCAGGCCACAGUUUUAAGAUGAU